CGCUAUGGAGGUUUACAUUCCAUCAUUCCGGUACGAAGACAGUGAUAUGGAGAGAGGCUACACGGUGUUUAGAAUAGAAGUAUUAGUGAAUGGCAGACGACAUUUUGUUGAAAAGCGGUACAGCGAAUUCCAUGCCCUUCAUAAAAAGCUUAAGAAAAGUAUUAAAACGCCAGAGAUUCCAUCAAAACAUGUAAGAAACUGGGUGCCUAAAGUUUUGGAGCAACGUCGCCAGGGGUUGGAGGCAUAUUUGCAGGCUGUCAUUUUUGAAAAUGAAGAACUUCCAAAGAUAUUUUUGGAUUUCUUGAAUGUUCGACAUUUGCCAUCACUGCCUAAAGCGGAGAGUUGUGGCUCCAUCGAUGACUUAGAAUCAGAUGAACCCAGCAAACUGUCCCACCAGCCUGUGCUGCUUUUCCUAAGGGAUCCAUACAUCUUGCCUGCAGCCAACGAUAACGCAGCAAACGUGGUGAUAGAAGGCGUUCUUCAUGGAUUGUUUUACCCUCACCUUCAGACCAGCUAGAGACUGAACUUCUCUGAAGGCUGAAGCUCUCAUGGGAAGUAACUGUGUUUCUGUGUUGUUAUUGUUAACGGGAAACAAUGAAAUCUGUUCCAGUGAUGAUUCUACCUAUGGAAACAAAGGGAAACAUCAACUGACUACUGUGCAGUCUCAGCUUUAAGAAGCUUUAGAUAUCCAGUUAUAACAUUGUGCCAAUAUGUAUUAUAUAUGUAGGUUCAUUCGCCUUAACUGUAAGUCAUAGGAAUCAUUUAAGCAUUUGCUUCACUUAGGUACAGAAAUAUCUCCAGGUGAAUGAUUACCAGCCCCACUGAUCAUGAUACCAGGAAUAAGAAACCUUUAUGGGAUGCCACACCUAUGUAUUUUCCAGUUCUCUUCACCAGCUGGAAUGUGGGUUACCUGCUCAUGCCAUGAAGCUUUCCAGCCACUUGAACUGGGCAGUAAGGCUGUUGUGACCUAGAGCCUCUAUAGUGGAAGCAUUUCGGGUGCUAGGAUUGGCAGAACCCUGAGUUUUUCAGUCGUACUGCCCUUCUCUAGAGUGGUACUUUAUAGUGAUGCAGACAUUUUCUUCAUAUUAAUAGAAAAGUGAAAGUAUGAGUUUAAUAGAAUGCCUACUUGUUUAAUAAAUUAGAACCUUGUUAACCCUUUUGUAUGUACCUGUGCCAGCAAGGCCAGCCUUAAAGAGAUACUGACACCAAAAAUGAAACUUUUUUUAAAUAUCUAUCAUAACAUUUUAUUUGAAUGCUGUUUAUAAUUUUGCCUUAGAUGCAUUUGCCCAAUGCUUUUAAAUUACCUAUCUGAUCCCCCAUGUUUCUCUAUGGGGGGCUGCCAUUUUUGUGCAGCAGUAGGCUAUUAGCAUUAGAAGCUAUAACUGACAGGCUGAGAAGGGACAGUCAGGUUGGCAAAACAGUCAGGUUUAGGAACAAUUACUUACAAAAGCAGCCCAAUCAGUGAAAAUCGAUCAGCAUGACCUGUAGGUAACAUUUUAUAUACAUUAAUAUUUUCACCUUCAGACAAUAAUCUGAAUUUGAACUGCCCCUGUGGAAAAAAAAAACAUUUUUGUGAAUCAUCUUUAUUUAAAAUGUGUAGUUACAGACAAGGAUCAGUGCUGCUAAAGCUCUUGUCAAGCUCUCUCUUCUCUUAGUAGGGGAUUUCCCAGAGGAGAACUUUGCAGGUUGUCAAAAAAAAAAAGUUGACACUGAACUGGUUACUGUGCUUGCCUUCCCCCUCCUGCUUCAUUUGCAAAUCUGUGAUACCAUUGGCUGGCAAGAUUCAGGGCUCCUUAAGAUUUAGGGAAGGCAUGCACAGUAACCAGUUCAGUGUCGGCAAUCCUUGCAGAAGAGAGAGCAGAGCAGAAAGCCUGUCAGCCGCACUCAUCCUGGUCUGUAAACUUGAAAACUACACUUAUUAAAUAAAAAAGUUGAUUUAGAAAAAAUGUUUUUUCUCACUUGGGAUGUUCAAAUUCAGACUAUUGUCUGAUGGUGAACAUCCCCUUUAAGGUAAAUGAUGCCCUGAACAAAAUAGUGCAGUGGUCACUCAUCCGUAAUUCUAAAAGUAUUGAACAAGUUCUGCUUGCAAGCUCCUCCGAUGUCUUCGCUUUCAGUGCAUUAUUAAAAAUGUCAGUUGUACUGCAAUGUGUGUGUUUAUUUAGGUAAUAAUGUAACCCCUAUUGUAUAACAUAAGAAUAUAAGUCAUUGAGGAUUUCCAUGACUAUAUAAAGGCAUGGGGCUGAAGGCCAAGUCAUGGGACUCCAAGGUGGUGUCUAAUAUCCUCAUAUUUUACAACAGGGGGUAUAUUAUUUAUUAUAAUACACAAGUGUCUGUGAGUCAUUGACAACGUACAUAACUAAUCACCAGUUGACACACUAAUGACAUCACUAAGCACUGUUUAAAAGGCUGUAAUACACCAGAACCAUGAAUAUCCUGUAAAUGAUAAUCUUAUAAAUGGUGCUAAGUGAUGUCUCCAAUUAUAUUUGGUGCUUAGUGAUGUAAUUUCUGUUAUGACUCACUGAAACUUGUAUAUUAAAAAAACUCAGUGCUCGCAGGGAUUUGAAUAAGUGAAAAGAAUGUGUAAGAAUGUUAAGAAAGUUAAGAAAUUAAGUUUGGGCUCCUCUGAGACUUUUUUGUAUUUAUUCCAAACCCAGUAAGUGCCAUGUUUAUAAUACAAAUGGCUACCACCCUCACAGGCCUUAGCUGAGAUGUAAUGGAGAUUUUUGACCAUGAACUUGUUAAGCUCUUCUUAUAUAGAUAUAUAUAUAUAUAUAAUAUCAGCAUGUAGAACACAGAGCACUCAUGGGACUUAUAUAUAUAUAUAUAUUAUUAUAUACAAAAAUGUAAUGGUACAAGUCGACAUUUCGGUCCUACACAAAGGACCUUUAUCAAGACAUCAAUGUCUUUAUCAAGACAAUAUAUAUAUAAAAUUAAUCAUUUUCAGGCAUCACGCAAUAACAUGCUUGUCAGACUGAAGCUGGCUACAUGUUACACCGCGUAUGUCAUAGCCCUUAUUCAGUUUUCUCUUUCUGUAGGAAUAAAGAUAAGGUGAAAAGGGAAAAUACAAAAUAUAUGGGAAGUGAAACUUUUGUAUGAGUUAAUGUAAAACUGGGUGCUACCUGUACCUAGCAUGGUCUCAAAAAUUCAUCAUCAUUACCAUAACCAUGAGACCAUUUUGUCAUAAAAUCUUAAUUAGCAUUAACAUGAAUUAUGGAGCUGGAAGUCAUCUUGUAGACUGUCCAUUUGCCCCUAGUAAUUUACUUUUAAUAUGUUACUUAAUAACAUGUCUCUUUAUCACUGCCUAUAUACUCACCUCUUGGAAUUAAAAAUGAAACUUACCCUUCUUAUAGACAGAGAUUAUGUUCCUUUCAUUUUCCUUGAAUAAAUGGUAAGGUAGAAGGGGUAUCAUGGGAUCAUUUCUGCUCCACAGCUGUGUUUAUUUGAGCGGGAUUCAUUGCUUCCUUUAGCAAAACCCUUCCCUAUAGAGGCUGGGAGAACACAAACCCACAUAUAUAAUAAAAGGCACAGAGCUUUGCCCAAGGGCAGUAACCCAUCAUAUCCAAUAAGAUGGUUGCCGUUGAACAGGUGAUUAGUUGCUAUAGGUGAUUAGCCCUGUGGCAAAUUUUGCACCUUUUAUUACAUAUCCCUAAAAGUUUUCAUAAAAUACCUAUAAUGAAUAAAAGGAAAUUUCUAUUUACAGAAGCUAUAACAUCACACUUUGUUUUCUGUUGUAUCUGAUGGUGUAAGCUUAUUGUGUACAUACAGCAUCCCAUAGUUCCAUUUGGACAAUGUGGGGACUACAGCACUGCCGCAUUAUCCGUACACAAAUAUGAGAAUCAAGGAAAAUGACUAUAAUUUACUGUUUAUUUAUAGCCCCAUUGGAAUAUAAAGUGUACAUUUACAUGAGUUAUGUUUUCUAUUUAAGGCACAUUACCGUAAAUGCUCUUUAUACAAGUAAAACUACAUUUUUAGUUUGUGAAGUAUAUGCAAUAUAUUACUAGUAUUAACAUUAUAGUAUUGGAACACUACUGAUGAAUGCAUAGCAGAAAUGGGUGGAGCUGUUUACCAUACUCUGAUAUGCACAUUGUACAGUCGCUAUAUCAGUGCAUUACCGUUUACCACUACAGAAGUAAUGUAAAAAGAGAGAGAUAAUUUAUAUGGAUAAUCUAUAUGUAAAAAGAAAUUUAACCUUGAUGUUUAUGUAUGCAAUAAAUGUAUAACAUACA